AUGGAAAACGAGAAUGAACAGCCAACUCCGCAUACAUUAUCUAGCUCAAAUCCCCCAUCCGAGGCCAUACCAUCAACUAGUCAAAACAUUCCAAAUUACAUGCCUGGUUACUUUGGACCAGUGCCUACGUGGUCACCAACUUUUCUACCAUAUCCGGGUGGUAAUCAAUAUCCAAUCAACAUACAGAAUGCUGGUUAUUCAUUUCAACAUAUCAUGGAACAUCCAACUCCUAUCAGCACAAGCUCUGGCACGAGCAAAGCAAAUGUCCAAGUGGUUGAUGAUGAUUCGAUUGAGGAGCCAAAAACGGAAAUGGAGUUUAAUUCCUUUGAAGAGCUAUUAAGUUAUUAUAAGGAAUAUGGUAAAAAAUGCGGCUUUGGUGUGAUGACAAAACGGACUGAGAGGGAAGAAGAUAAUUCUGUUAGAUACGUCACUCUUUCGUGUGCCCGUGGUGGGAAGGCCCGGAAUAGGACGUUGAAUAUUGCUAAACCACGUCCGACAGGAAAGACGGAAUGUAAGGCAAAGAUUAAUGCCUUAAGGCAAGAUAGAGUGCUUCGGUUGACGACAGUACAUAAUAUCCAUAACCAUGGCCUCAGUCCAAAGAAAUCCCGCUUCUUUCGGUGUAAUAGAAAAGUAAGUGAUGCCGUAAAAAGGGUCCUAGAUACAAAUGAUCAGGCUGGCAUCCGAGCGAAUAAGAGUUACGGAUCUCUCGUUGUUGGCGCGGGUGGAUUCGAGAAUCUCCCAUUUUUGGAAAAGGAUUGUCGUAAUUAUAUAGACAAGGCAAGACAUCUACGACUUGGCGCCGGUGGUGCUGGAGCGCUCCGACAGUAUUUUUUGCGGAUGCAAUACAAAAAUCCUGGGUUCUUUUAUAUGAUGGAUAUAGAUGAUGACGGGAGGUUAAAGAACGUCUUUUGGGCAGAUCCCCGUAGUAGAGCAGCAUACCAAUAUUUUGGUGAUGUGGUCACAUUUGACACCACAUACCUAACGAAUCGAUAUGGGAUGCCUUUUGCACCAUUCGUUGGUGUAAACCACCAUGGACAAUCAAUUUUGUUGGGAGCAGGGUUGAUUUCUAGCGAGGAUACCGAGACUUUUGCGUGGUUAUUCGAGACAUGGUUGCAAUGCAUGGAUGGUAACGCUCCGAAGGCUAUUAUCACUGAUCAGGAUAGAGCGAUGAAAAAUGCAAUCGCAAUUGUCUUUCCAAAUACCCGGCAUCGUUUUUGUCUUUGGCAUAUACUAAAGAAAGUUCCAGAAAAGCUUGGUUCAUAUGGUUCGUACAAAACGGGAAUGAAAAAUGCAUUGAUGAAAUGUGUAUAUGACAGCCAACAGCCAGAUGAGUUUGAAAAAUGUUGGAAUGAGUUGCUUACCACUUACAACUUGCAUGAGAAUGCGUGGUUGCAUAGCCUAUACGUUGAGCGUCAACAUUGGGUGCCGGCUCUUUUGAAGGCAUGUUUCUGGGCUGGAAUGAGUACCACGCAGCGAAGCGAGAGUAUGAAUGCAUUCUUUGACGGUUAUGUACAUUCUAGGACAAACUUAAAGGAGUUUGUUGACCAAUUUGAUAACGCGUUGAAGAAAAAAAUUGAGAAUGAAAAUCUCGCGGACUUUCAGUCAUUUAAUGUCACUAUCCCCUGCAUAUCUAGAUCUCCGAUUGAAAAGAGGUUCCAAGAGUUGUACACGAUUGCUAAGUUCAAAGAAGUUCAGCAGCAAGUCAACGGUAUCAUUGACUUGAAUCCGAAGUUACAUAAUUUUGUUGGUGCCGUAAAGACAUAUAUGGUUGACGAUGAAGUUUGUUUGGAAGAUUUCACUAAGUUGGUUAAAUAUUUUGUGGACUUUAGUGAGAUUGAUGCAGUUGCAACGUGCUCUUGUGGAUUAUUUGAGAUGAGGGAGAUAUUGUGUCGGCACAUUUUGGCCGUGUUCAGGUGCAACGAUAUUAAAUAUUUGCCGGAAAUGUACAUUUUAGAUCGAUGGAGAAAGGAUAUUAAAAGGCGAUACACUUUACUUAAAAGUAGCUAUGACGAAGGGGAACGACGGCCAGAUUCUAAUAGAUAUUCAAGUCUGUUAAGUAUCUGUUAUCAGAUGAUUACCCAUGCAGCAGGUUUGAGUAAGCAUACUGAGGAUGCGAGAGCUAAGUUACUCGUAAUGAUUGAGCUUUAUCGUGCGAAUGAAGAACCCCCAUCGAUGACUCAAGUUGGUUCCAAUGUUGAUAGUACGGCAAAUGCCACUACGGUCGGUGGUGCUGGGGAAGUACACAGUCCACGUGUGGUUAAAGGAAAAGGCAGACCUCCAUCUCUAAGAAGAGCAUCCAGGAUGGAGAUAGAAAUGCGGAAAGCCAAAGCAAAGACAAAGAAAGCACCAGCAAAAGGGAAGCGUAAAGAGCGAGGAGGAGGAGACACCCAAGUCACGGAAAGAGAAGAUACGCCAGCUGUGGAAGUAUGUCGGAAUUUGUUUGGCCCAUCUCUGAUGGAUGUGUCUAACAAGCAGCCAAUUGGAGAAAGCGAAAGCGGUGCAAAUGUCAUUAUUGGAACUCAGCCUCAAAAAAUAAUGAUGCAGAGUCAGGAAAGCGUGUUGUGCCUUUGUGAGGUGCUGGAAUUCAUGUUUUACGUUAGUGUGAAAUUACGCUUAUCAGGUGUUGUGCCAAAGUAG